AUGGAAUUUGCGAUGUCGUAUUAUAGAAUUGUUUUAGAAAUUGAGGGAUGGAAUUUAUCCCCUAGAGGUGCAGGAUAUUUAUUUGGUGGAGAUGUUGUAGAUGACUUUAAUAGAAAAAACAACAUUGAAUUGAUAUGCCGAGCACAUCAAUUAGUUAUGGAAGGAUAUAGGGUGAUAUUUAAUGAAUAACUGGUAACUGUCUUAGUGCUCAAAAUUAUUGCUAUAGGUUAUUUAGAUGUGUAUAUUAUAGAUGCGGAAAUGUUGCUUCAAUUCUUGAAUUGGAUGAAAAUCUUGCAAAAUCGUACAGGAUAUUUGAAGCAGCUUCACAAGAAAACAGAGGAUUACCAGCGAAAAAACCAAUUCCUGAUUAUUUGUUAUGAAUAAAUAUUUACGACUGAUUUAAAUUAUAAUUAAUAUAAACUUAAUAAACCUUAAGAUAAUCGAUAAUAGUUUAGAUAUUAUUUUAUAAUGGAUAGCAAAAUUAAAGAAUUGUUAAGUGAACAAGAAGUAAUCUCAUUGUGUACAAAAGCUAAACAAAUCCUUAUAUCGUAACCCUGAGAUUGUUCAUAUUCCAGUCACAGUAAGCUUUUUCAGCGAAGAGGUUU